UAGUUUCUCACAAACAUGGCAUUCAAUCUGUCAUCCAUGCCAAAAUCCGGUUCAUUUGCAAGGCCAAUUCCACAUUUGCAACUUUGCAGCCUAAGUAGCAAACAUAUAAUAGUUACAAAGUGUAGCUCGAGCGAGCCAUCGUCUCCGGACACGAAAUCGGGAGCUGAAAAAUGGUCGCGACUCGAAAUCGGCUCGCCCAUUAUUGUGACGGAGGCCCCACAGUUGCUCAAGACUGCAGCUUCGGUCCCUUGUUUGCGCGCCAAUUCCGGUUUGGUCAAACCAGGCGAUGUUGGAAGGAUUGUGUCGAGGAAACCAAAGGAUGUAUGGGCAGUUCGUGUUAGUGCUGGUACUUAUCUUAUAGAUGCCAAAUAUUUCAAGCCAUUAGAACUUGAUGAUUAGCUCAUUCAUUUGAACAAAUUGUACAAAUGUAAUUCUCACGACUCGUUUAUUUUUAUUUUUUUACUUACAUAAUCGUUUCGAAGUUCGAAUUGCUAUAUACGCAAUAAAUUCUCUUUAUAUUUCCAACUCA